GCCUUUGUUACACAUAUCAUAAUAUUAGAGUCUUAGUGUUAGUCUAUGACUCAAAUGCUGAUAGAGUCUAUAAACUAGAUCUAGUUCUAGAUAUUCUAGGACAUAUUCUAGAUCUAGAUAGAUCUACAAUUGCAUUUAUUAAAUUAAAGGAUUAUGAAAUCUCUAUCUUUUAAUCCAUAUCAGCAAGGUAUCCAAGGGGCAAACCAAUAAGAAAAACUUACCUUCAAGGGAAGUCAAAUUUUUCAAGAAGAAAUCAUUAAUUAUAAUAAUGAUCUUUAUUUUCCUUAAUAAAAGGAAACUAAAACUUAAAAAAAAAAAAAGCAUGAGAAUUUUUUUUUUCUUGAAAUCCAUUGAAUUUAUAUAUAAAUAUAUAUAAAAGUGGUCGUCUCCUUUCCGUUAGGACUAAAACAGAAAGAUUUAAAAACUCCAUCCCACUUUUGGUCAGAAUGUUACAAGAUCAUCUGUCGUCAUCAAGUAGUACAUAGAAGUCUAAUUUAUAAAGCGCUGAAUGGAUCAUUCAAACCCUGAUCUUAUGAGGGCAUCAGUAUUAGGAGACAACUAUUCAGUAUUAACUGCAUUAGCCUCUCUUUUUGCUAUUCAGCACCAAGAAACAGAAAAGAAUGAAGCUUCUUUUAAUGCACCAUUUUUAGUCCUCACCAAUGUCCCUGGGAAAGAUUCUUUACUGGCUAAUGUCAUCUUAGGAACACAACAUUCGAAAAAUGGAUUAGCAAAGGGAGUAAACUCUGAAAGUAAAGAGGCUUUAGUUCCAAGUUUAGAGCAGGUCCAUGCCAUAGCCACUGCAAAUUUAAUCGCUUCAACACAAUUGGACAUAGCCAAACAGCUUGCAGAAGAGAAUGCACAUGCAGAACCAAAGACUUGUAAAUCAAUAGAUAAAAAGUUCAACAAAUCAACAAGGAGGGAGAGACAAACUACUGAAAAAAGAACAGCUAAAUCUAUUGAAGACUCAUUGAAAUCUAAUAAAAAGGGAGGUAAUUUGGCCUCAGAGCCCAAAUCUUUAGUCUGUUCAUUUGAAGGCUGCAACAGAAAAUUUGCUUGGCUGAAUCAUCUGAAGUACCAUGAGCUUACACAUACUAAUAAUCGCCAAUUUAAGUGCCCAGAUGAAUCAUGUGGCAAAACAUUUUUCACUGCUCAGCGUUUGAAUGUGCACCUCAUGACACACACUGGCAUCAGACCAUUCAGAUGUGAGCAUCAAAACUGUGGGAAAACAUUUACAACAGCAGGCAACUUGAAAAAUCAUCAAAGAAUUCACUCAGGUGAACAGCCUUUUGUUUGUGAUGUACAGACUUGUGGGAAAAGAUUUACUGAACUCUCCAGUCUCAAAAAACAUAAAAUAACACAUUCUGGAGGUAAACCUUUUGAGUGUAAUGUAUGUGGCAGGAAAUUUACUCAGAGUGGUAGCAGACGGCAACAUAUGUUGAGACAUCACCUUGAGGAUGAGAUCAGGAAUAGCUUCCAACAAGAGAGGAAAGGUGACAGUGCACAGAAAGUCAAAGAAAAGAGUGAUAUGGUGCAAGAAAGAUCAGUGAAUACAACUGAGGAAUCUAACUCACUGUCCAGCGCUGAGCAAGUGUUGGUUCUAAAUAAUACAUACGACGAAUCUGGUGUGUUUCAUCAUGGUCUGAGUGAUCCUGUCAAUGUAACAAAACAGUCCAUUAGAGAUACUGACAGUAUUUCUCUGACUCAUGACCUACUCACCCAUGAUGGUCUUCAUGAUGAAACUUUAGAUGUUAAGACAGACGACCUAGUAGUUAUGUCUGAUUACAGUGCCACUGACAUAGUCUACACUGCUGAUAUACUGGACCAUGAAGAGGUCACCCAUGCCAACUAUGUUUCUUCCCAUGUGGACUACUCCGAGCAGAUAAAUCCUAGAUGCUAUUCCAGCCAUGAAGAGAUUAUACAUCCUUCUGAUUAUGGAGGGCAGGCGAUGUCUCAGGCUGGAAACUUCCCUUCACAUGAUCAUGAAAUAACAGUCACUGACUAUGUGACAGAAUCCUGUAUUUCAAACUACGAGCAUAAAGAGUUGGGUAGUGCUUUCAUAGAUGACACCAGACAUGGAUUUAUUGGUGCUGAGGAGAUCGCUGUGUGUCACUACAACCACAGCCCACUCUCAACAGACCUGGCCAUUUCAGAAAUAGUUACCACAUCAGACUGUGCUCAUGGCAUUGAUACUCGUACUGAUCUGGGAUUGUGUCCAAAUAAAUCAUGUUUAACUCUUUCAGGGUCAUUGAGUAAUCAUUCUCACUGUGCCCUAGAACAUCGGUCAUCUGACAUGGUCAGGCAACAUAAUCAUUCGUCUGAAACUUUACAUCACAAUUCUAGUAAAAGUGAUAUCCAUAUGGACCCUAUGAUGGAGUGUGAUGAAGAACCCAGAUAAUAUUUCUUGUUCUAGUUCUUUUCAAGAUCUUAAUAUGGAUGAAUCAACAUUCAGCCUGUGUGUUGACCAAACAUCAAAGUUGAGUGGAAAACUUAAGUAGGACAUAAAAAUGCUGUGUCACCCUAAGCUGAAAUUAAAUCUAGGACGCUGCCUAUGUUAGCAGACAAGUCAUGGCAUUGUUCAAGUAUCAAGUACUGUUUCUCUUUCCAAUACUUUUUUUUUAAGUAUUUAUUUGUUGAUAAAUCAUUUAUUUUUUUAUUUAUUUAUUGUAUUAAUGAAAUUGAAACAACAUUAAUGAAAGAUUAAUUAAAUUCAGUCAAAAUUAUUAUUUUAUUAAAUUUUUUUUUUUUCAUGAGGUUACAGAAUCUUCAUUCAAUAAUAUAUAUAAACAUGAAAUUAAAUUUUAAAAAUGUCAGCACACAACACACACUUCUGAUUUCAAAAUAGUGGUGUCAGUGUGUCAGAUUUAGUAUUUGUGACUUAUAUCUGACCUAGUUUGUUCCAGCCUGACACUAUUUUUAGUCUAACCAAGUUGACUUAAUGCAACUGACUUCAAUAGCUGAAUAGAGAAGGAUGUCUUCUCAUCCACUCUCCUAGCCACCAGAAGAUAUUUUUAUCUUGAAAAGUAAUCUAGGGCAACCAAUCCACCAUUUGUGUUACACAUACAAUGUAUUAGCAGAACAUCCUGUCUACUUUUACAAAUGUUCUAUUUAUUUAAAGAGAAAUAAAAUGUGUUAUUCUAUAAAA